CUAAAAGUGUCAUGGCGCCGCGCAUGGUUGUCAACAAAAAUGAGCUCUUUUGAAAUUGUUUAUUUAUAAAACUUUUGUUGACUAAAUUAUUUGUAAUGUAUUAUUACAAUUUUUAAUUUAUUUUACAUCCCGUAAUUUAUUUAAUUGUUUACAAAAUUUCCUGUUUGUAUAUUUAAACUCACACAACCUUGGAAGUGACCGUGAGACGACCGUCAACAUGACAAUAAUGACUUUUAUUUAGCAAUUUUUUAUAAAUAUUUAUUAGUAACACAUGUGGAUUCAAUAUUGAAAAAAAUUUAAGUUUGCUGAAGGAAAGAAUAUAAAGGUGUUUUUAAAAAUAUUUUAUUAAAAAAAAAAAAAAAAUGCAAUCUCUCAGAGCUUUUUACGAUAUUUUUGGAAUUAAUGUGAAAAAUUACUUAAAAAUAAUUCGUCGUCUAAAUAGUACCUUUAGUAAUCAUCAAACUGCCGGAAUACUUAUAAUUGGCGAUGAAAUUCUAAAAGCACAAGUAAAAGAUACUAAUUCUUAUUUUAUAUCAAAUCUUUUGUACAAAUGUGGAGUGAAAGUGAAGAAGAUUUCAGUCUUAAGUGACGAUGUUGAUGAGAUUGCAAAUGAAAUUCGUAAUUUCUCUAGGAAAUAUACUCAUGUGAUUACAUCUGGUGGAAUUGGACCAACUCACGAUGAUGUAACAUUUGAAGGUCUUGGAAAAGCUUUUGAAUCUCCACUUCAUUAUCAUCCAAUAUUAGUUGAUAUUGUAAAAAAUAAAUUCGGAGUUGAGGGUGCAUCUUCUCCAGGAUAUAAAUUAGCCUACAUACCAAAGGAAGCUUCUCUACAUUUUGGCAUAAAUCAAGAGACAGGUCGACCCUUGGCUUAUCCUUGUAUAACAUUAAAAAAUGUAUUUGUUUUUCCUGGUUCACCGAAUUUUUUGAGAGGAUCUUUUGGAUCUUUGUGCAACAAACUUUUUGGAACUAAUAAAAAUUUUGUGACGACUCAAGUUUUUUUGAAUGCCAGAGAGGAAGUAUUUGCUGAUGCUUUGACAUCUGUUUCCAAAGAAUUUCCCCUAGUCAAUUUUGGAUCCUAUCCGGAAUUUAUACACAGUUAUUAUAGAGCACGAAUCACUAUAGAGAGUGACACAGAGGCCAUGACGCAAAAGGCAAAAGAUAGAUUUUGUAGUUUAAUACCAACAAAUAUUUUAAUUGACUAUGAUAAUUCUCCAAUGGAAAAUUCGAUAAUGAAAUACGAAAGAUUUCUAAAUAAACAAAAAGAGAGACGAAAUUAUUUUGAAAAUUCCCUCAGGCACAUUGAAUAUAUUUAUCAGGACACAAAUAAUGUGGGAAUUUAUUUCGAUUCAAAUGUCGAAUCAACUGUAAUAUUACAUUUAGCAUUUGUUGCAAACAAACGAAUUCUCAAGAAUGGAAAUAAAUUACAGAUUCUUUGUUUUCAAAAAGAAACACUUUCUCCUGCAGAUGAAGAUUUUCUUAAUCAAAUAAUGGAAACAUACAAUGCUGAUAUAAUGUUAUUUAAAGAAACGCCACAAAAUGAUAUUGAAAUUCUAAAAUGGAAAAUACCGAAUUUAAAAUUUAUAUUAAUGGGUGCAAAAUCGGAAGUGGAGAAAAGAGAAAUUUAUAAUUUAAAAGAUGAUGUUCUAAAUGGAAUUAAAAUAGAAUAUCCAUUGAUGGAUUGGACCGAUACAGAUGUAUGGACAUUUGUGAGAUGUCUUUCACUUGCCCAUUGUCCUAUUUACGAAAAAAGUUAAUAAAUCCUUCAAUAAUGAAACUGUAUGAAAAAAAAAUUGAAAAAUUCAACUACCUCAAUGUCUAAAUAAUUGACAUUUAAUUUAAAAAUAUAUAUUUAAUAUAUUUUAGAAGAAAACUAAUUGCAGUGUAGAAA